AUGGCUCUACAGUUAAGACAUUUAUAUCCAAUCAAUUCACUGCUGAAGCGAUCGAUUCCUGUGUUGCAGAAGUGCUGCCAAAAGAGAUGUCUGAAUCUCCAAGAAUACCAAAGCAAGCAAUUGAUGCGAAACAAUGGCGUCAGAGUCCAGCGGUUCUGUGUCAUCGAGAGUGUCGAUGAGAUAAAGUCGAUAAUUGGCGACAAGAACUCGAAGUACAGUGAAUGUCCUUCGGCUGACUCACCGAAUCCAUCGGGCGAUGCGAGUGAACUCUCUUUGGCUGAUGUCGAGGAAUAUGUGAUCAAAGCCCAAGUGCUGGCCGGCGGUCGAGGGAAGGGUUACUUCAAGAACUCGUCGAUGAAAGGAGGCGUGCAGUUGACUAAAGACAAGCAAAAAGUGUCUGAAGUUUGUGCCAAAAUGCUGAACGACUACCUCAUCACCGCUCAGACCACCAAAAGUGGAGUUUUAGUGAACAAAGUGAUGAUCGCGGAGGCGCUCGACAUUAAGAAAGAGCUGUAUUUAGCGAUACUUCUGGACAGAGGCAGUGGUGGACCCGUUAUAGUGGCCUCACAGGAGGGCGGGGUUGACAUCGAACAGGUGGCCGAGAAGACUCCCGAAGCCAUUCACAAGUUUCCCAUUCCUAUUGAGUCCAACGCCGAUGACUUGAACAUAGAGUUGGCCACAGAUGUGGCCAAACGAGGGUUAGGUCUGAGCGGACAUCUGGUGGAAGACGCGGCCAAACAGAUCUCGCGAUUGUAUAAAAUGUUCAUUAAAUUAGAUGCUCUUCAGGUGGAGAUCAAUCCGUUUGGGAUCACCACAAAGGAUACGAUGGUGUGCUUCGACGCCAAAAUCAAUUUCGACGAAAACGCGUCGUUCAGACAUCAAUGGAUGAAACGAAUCGAAAAUGAAAACUCGGCCGAAGAGGACCCGAGGGACCGGUUGGCGCGCGACUACAACUUGAACUUUGUUCCCAUGGAUGGCAACAUCGCGUGUCUGGUGAACGGCGCCGGCCUAGCGAUGGCCACAAUGGAUAUCAUCCAUCACUACGGCGGAAGUCCGGCCAACUUCUUAGACGUCGGCGGUUCCGUCAAUCAGUUGGGCGUCGAGAAUGCAUUCCGUUUGAUCACCGCUGACCAGAAAGUUCGCGCCAUUUUAGUCAACAUCUUCGGCGGUAUUGUCAACUGCGAGACCAUUGCGAAGGGACUGAUCGCCGCCAGAAGUCUCGUCAAAGUGCCGCUCAUUGUACGACUCGAGGGAACCAACGCCGAGACGGCCAGAGCUCUGCUCAGCGAAGUGUCGGACAUCAUAUCGGCCACAGAUCUGGACGACGCCGCCCAGAAAGCCGUCAAAUCCGUCGCCAUUUAA